AAAGCACACGUGAGUUGCCAAAUCUAAGAGGAACAAAGCAGGUGUGUAAAAUCCACAUAUCUUUUUUUUUAAACAAAGCAGUCAAGUCAUAGUCAGUCAUUACAUUUCAAAAACAUUGGGACAUUCUGAGAACUACAUUUUCAUAUCCUUCAUAGGUUUUGCACACAGAUUUUAUGUUUAUUUUCAAACUGGAAAAGGUGUCUGGACUGAAUGGAACAUGAAAGGAAUAUAGCGUCAGAAUAUUGAGAUAUUUGGAAUACAGAAUCAAAAGGGGUGACAAGUAACAAUCUUUUUUGUUAAGUUUUUACUUUUUGGAAUUAGUAGAACAUUUCUGGCAAUUGGAUUUUGCCAACCCACAGCUCAAAUGCCUUGUAAUUGAACAUCUCAAAAGAAUUGACAAGAGAACAAGUCGUCGAGGCUGGAAAAUCCAGACUCACUUUGUGAAAAGUUGGAACAGUCCUCAGAAUGGCUUAUAGAGGUUUGUCGCUGUGGGUCUGCUGGCUGGUGCUGAUCGUAGGACGAUGCGAGGCGACCUAUCCACCGUGUCUGGAUGGGAUCAUGAUGAACGUGGUUCUGCUGGAUGACGACGUCUCUCCCUGGAGUAUGAAGUUUGUCCGUGGUGCUGUGGAACGUGCAAUACAGCACAAUGCUGAACUCACCUGCUGUCCAAAUGGAGUGAAGCGCAACCUGACUGCCAACUUUCGAGGGCUCGAGACUAGUUUGUACAGCAAUAAAGGCUGUCGAAGCAGCACCUGUGAGGUGGUGGAGACCGUGAAGAACCUAACUAGGACAGGGGAGGUGGGCUGUGCUCUCCUGGGGCCCACCUGCACCUAUGCAACCUUUCAGAUGGUUGAUCUUGAGGUUGGUCUGGAGCUCAAAAUGCCCAUCAUCUCAGCAGGCAGCUUCGCUCUGUCCUGUGACUACAAAGAAUAUCUGACUCGCAUACUUCCCCCACGCAAGAUCUCCACCUUCUUUAUCAAGUUUUGGGACUUCAACAAUGAUAUCAAACCCAAGUGGUCCACAGCCUCCCUCUAUAAGAAGCAGAACACUGAGGACUGCUUCUGGUAUAUCAAUGCACUGGGUACAGCUUCAGCCCACUUUUCCUUACACAUAAAAAAAACAAACGUCAUAAGCAAAGCAGAGGACCUUAGAAAGGAAUUAAGCUCCAAAAAUAGGACAAGCAAUUUGUUCAUAGUGUGUGGGACACCAGAAGACAUCGUGGACCUGAAGAAUGGAACUAUAGAGGCUGAUCCUAGUGUUGUUUUCAUCCUGAUCAAUCUUUACAAUGAUAAGUACUACACCAAUAAGUCCUCUAUCCCUGCUAUGAAGAACGUGUUGGUUCUCACCAUGCCCAACACUAGGAACUAUACCGUGGACACAGACCUGGGCAACAACGUGAUGAUGAAUGACUAUAUGGCAGCGUACCAUGAUGCAGUGCUGAUGUUUGGUCAGGUGAUGAGGAAGCUCUGGAACAAGCCUGAGUCUGAGCUCAACCCCAUGGAGGUAGUCAACAUCAACCACUUCAGAAACGUCUCCUUUGACGGCAUUGCAGGCCACUACAAGCUGGAUGACUAUGGGGACAGAGAUGUGAAUUUUUCAGUCAUUUACACCACCACUGACAACAAGUAUGAAACUUUAUUUAUAUUCAACACCGUCUACAACUACACCAAGGUCGUUAACAGUAACCCAUCAUUCAUCUGGGGCAGAAGCCUCCCAGAUGACGCUCCAUCCCAGCGUCUGAAGGCGCAUGCUAUCAUUGUCAUUGUCUUAGCUGUCACUGUGGUGGGGGUGGCUACCAUCGCUUUCAUCUUCUACAGGAGGAACAAGAGAGAGCGCCGGCUGAGGAAGAGAUGGUCACACAUGCACUCUGACCUCAUCACCCCGCUGGAGUACAAUGAACGCAGCCUGGUCUCCCUCAAGAUUGACGAAGACCACAGAAAAAACACAAGUUAUAAUAUCCACCAAGGACGCUAUGACAAAAAGAUUGUGAUCCUGAAGGAGUUGAACCAUUCGGACUGGAACUUUAAUGAGAGUCAGAGGAUAGAACUCAACUCGCUUUUGCGUAUUGACUACUACAACCUGACUAAGUUCUACGGCACAGUCAAGUAUGAUCAUGGUGUGUUUGGGGUGUUCGAGUACUGUGAGAGAGGAUCCCUAAGGUAUGUGCUGAAUGACAAGAUCUCGUACCCGGAGGAAACCUUCAUGGACUGGGAGUUUAAGAUCUCUGUCAUGUACGACAUUGCUAAGGGUAUGUCCUACCUCCACUCCAGUGACAUCCAGGUCCACGGCCGUCUCAAGUCCACUAACUGUGUGGUGGACAACCGCAUGGUGGUCAAGAUCACUGAUUUUGGCUGCAACACCAUUCUAGACCCAGGCAGAGACCUGUGGACAGCUCCAGAGCACCUGCGUAGACAGGGGAUCUCCCAGAAGGGGGAUGUCUACAGUUUUGCCAUCAUCGCCCAGGAGAUAGUUCUCAGGAGGAGCACCUUUUACACCCAGGCCUGCUCCGACCGCGCAGAAAAAAUGUCCAGAGUGCAAUACCCCAGCGAAAUUUAUUUCAGACCUGAUCUGAAUGUUGAGACUGCAGGAGAAAAGGAUUUGGAGAUGUACAUUCUGAUGAAGAUGUGCUGGGAUGAGGACCCAGAGCGAAGGCCUGACUUUAAGAAGAUAGAGAGCUCACUGGGGAAGAUCUUCAGUAACCUGCACAACCAAGCUAAUGAGAGUUACAUGGACAACCUGAUCCGUCGUCUACAGAUGUACUCCAGGAACCUGGAGCACCUGGUGGAGGAGAGGACGGCGCUGUACAAGGCUGAGAGAGACAGGGCCGACUGCCUCAACUUUAUGCUGCUGCCUGGUCCUGUGGUGCGUUCUCUGAAGGAGACGGGCAUUGUGGAGCCGGAGCUGUUUGAGGAGGUAACGGUGUACUUCAGCGACAUUGUGGGCUUCACCACCCUGUGCCAGUACAGCACCCCCAUGGAAGUGGUGGACAUGCUCAACGACAUCUACAAGGAAUUCGACUGCAUCCUCGACCACCACGACGUAUACAAGGUGGAGACCAUAGGUGAUGCGUACAUGGUGGCGUCGGGGUUGCCGCAGCGGAACGGUAACAGGCACGCGGUGGACAUCUCACGCAUGGCCCUGGACAUUCUGGCAUUUAUGGGGACCUUCCAGCUCAGACACCUGCCAGGGCUACCUGUGUGGAUCCGCAUUGGGAUGCACUCAGGCCCCUGUGCAGCAGGAGUGGUGGGGAUAAAGAUGCCCAGAUACUGCCUGUUUGGAGACACAGUCAACACUGCCUCUAGCAUGGAGUCAACGGGACAUCCCCUGAGAAUCCACGUCAGUCAGCCCACCAUCAGCAUCCUACAGAGGACAGACUGCAAGUUUGAGUACGAGAAGAGAGGGGAGACUAUCCUCAAGGGUAAAGGCACAGAGUUGACCUACUGGCUGACAGGUGAAACGGGAGAGGACUACAACCUGCCAACGCCGCCGACAGCGGAGAACUGCCAGCGUCUGCAGCAGGAUCUGGCCAAGAUGAUCCAGGAAUGCCUGGACAACCGUUCGCUGGGGUCAGAGGUCAUGGAGAAGAGGAAUACCCUGUCCAUGAGGCAGAGGAGGGACGGAGGGGAGCAGACGGGAGAGGAGGAGGAUGACAAUGACCAGCCGGCAUACCUCCAUCUGGCUACCGUCGACAACUUCACUACUUUCUUGUAGUUAUUUUGAUCAGGAGAAAUAUGGUUAUUAUUCCAAUGUAUGUGACCUUAGAUUGUGUGAAAACUAUCUACAUAUGUACAUUCGUGAUUCAGUGGUAGAAUUCUCACCUGCAACGCGCGAGGCCCGGGUUCAAUUCCCGGUAAAUGCUUUUACUAAAAUCAGAGUUUUUGUUUGUAAUUAAACUAUUUGUAUGUUUUGUCUAGAAAGUUAUAGUCGCUAGUGUUUGUAUAAGAUAUAAACUGAACGUUUUAAAUAGUUUGUUUGGUUCAAAUUGAAAGACCAAUUAAUUCAACUUAAAAUAAGAGCGAAGCGAAUUUUGGUGCAAGACGAUGUCUGUUCGCUAAAUUAUCUGUUUGAAUAAUGUAUUGGGAAUGGAGUCGUGAUUAAAAUGCUGAAAGUAAGGAAGAGAGUUAGUUGCCGUGUUGGCUACUAAUUUUCAGUGUAAGUUGCCAGAGGCAGGUAGAUUUGGUGUGAAAUAACGUAAAACUGCAUCAUUACGUUGGAUACACAAUAACGUUACUCAAAUUGGUUUGACCGUUGUUCAGGUACACUCUUUUCUGUACUUCUGGCAGUACAAUUUUGAUUGAGAGAUGUUGAUUGAUGUUGUAAGUUCUAUUCAAGGUCCAACAUUUGUGAUAAAUUGGGGUUUGGGUUAUCGAACCCGUACUACUAAUGCUGCUACAGACAGCCAACAAUAAUUUGCAAUUCAUUGAAAGUCGCUGCGGCUUGGGCUGGGCUGAGCGCCCGUUACUGACAACACUUACAAUGCACUUUUGUCGCCACGGCAAUGAUGUUGUGACUGAGGGUGACAGAGAACAUUGUUUGUGUCAUGCUUUGAGUCACUUUUCAGAAGUUGAUAAAAAUGUCCAAAUACAUUUUUUAAAGUAGCUGUAUAUCGUCAGGGUAGUCUGAAAAGAUGCUAAAACUAGCAACAAAAUCGCUAGGUGGCCAUCACUGAUUGGUGGGGUUCGCUGGGCUAUAUUUGGCUAUAAGAAAGGGAGAUCUGAAUGUUUGAAUCGUAAAACAUUGUGAUAAUGUAUUCUGAUGGUUGUUGAUUCUUGGUUUGUUUAUUUGUUUACUGUUUAUUGUUGAUUUUAGGUGUUGAUUUUACUUAAUUAAACACUGUAUUAUCUGAUGUGUUUGAGUAAGAUUCCUUCUUCCGGGACGGAUGGAAGUUGUCUGGAAUGUGUGGGUUGGAGGAGCUAUGGGAGAACACGUUUACAUUUUUGUUGAAUGCCUGGGAUUGCUGGUUUGAAUUGCUGGUUUCUUACGCUGAGAGAUGUGCUGCAUUUGCGACAGAGGAAAAAAGUGUUGCAUUUGGAUGGUGGUGUCUAGGGGUAGCGUGUUCACUUGGGCAUACAUAUACAUUGAUGUUGAUCGGGGCUUGUGAUUGAUGAUUUGCGGUACAGAGGAAUUGUCAUUGGGUUUGGUUUGUAGUUCGCUUUUGAGUUUCUGAAUCGAUGUAGCAUAGUGAAUGCUAGCUAGGUGUUUUGUGUUUUUCCUGGGAGAGUGGGUGUUUCAUUGUCUCUCUUUUGGAUGUUUCCUGGGACUAUAAUCUUGGGGAGAGUGGGUGAGAUUUGAGGCAAUAAAUGACCAAAUUGAAAAGGA